AAGAUGGCGGAUCUUCAGAUGAAAAUUAUCCGCAAAAGGUUACAGAAGAAAAACGCCAAAAUUAAACAGAUCAAUUUAGCGGCGGGAGAAAAAGUGGUCAAACAAAAGAAUGUGGAAAAUGAAAAACCACAAGAGUCAACAAGUGAUCAAGAAAUCGUGCCAGAAGUAUUGAAGGAAGAACAAAAGCUUAUAAAUGAUGAAACUGAACAAAAAUCGGUGACAAAAAUCAAAAAGAAAAACAAAAGAAAGCUUGCAACUAACAUCCAGGAAAUUGAAAUCAAAAAACCAAAGAAUAGUGAACCAAAAGAAGAUGGUGAUCUGGAGGUGAACGAAGCUGAUGACUUAGAAGUGAUACAGAAUGAAAAGAAUGAGGAAAAUGAAGAACAGUCUGAAGAUGAUGGAGGACCAACUUUGCCUUUCGGAUUGACAGGUGCUUUUGAAGACACUGCUUUUUCUUCUUUGGCUGACAAGGUCAGUGAAAAUACUUUAAGAGGGAUUGCUGACAUGAACUUUACUCAUAUGACACCCAUUCAACAGAAAAGUGUCCGACCUUUACUGGAGGGCAGGGAUAUUUUGGCUGCUGCCAAGACAGGCAGUGGGAAGACAUUGGCAUUUCUCAUUCCUGCCAUUGAACUGAUCUACAAACUUAAGUUCAUGCCCAGAAACGGAACUGGUGUCCUCGUUCUUUCGCCAACUCGAGAAUUAGCCAUGCAGACAUUUGGUGUUCUGAAAGAGCUAAUGGCACACCAUGUUCAUACUUAUGGCUUACUCAUGGGAGGCAGCAACAGAACAGCAGAAGCACAAAAAUUAGCAAAUGGAAUCAACAUCUUAAUUGCAACUCCUGGCAGACUUCUGGAUCAUUUGCAGAACACACCAGGAUUUAUGUACAAGAAUCUGCAAUGUCUAAUAAUAGACGAAGCGGACCGUAUCCUCGAAGUGGGAUUUGAAGAAGAGUUGAAACAGAUAAUUAGACUUCUGCCGAAGCGACGACAAACAAUGCUUUUCUCUGCAACACAAACUCGUAGAGUGGAAGAUUUAGCUAAAAUCUCACUGAAGAAAGAACCUUUGUAUGUUGGUGUUGAUGAUGACAAAGAAACUGCUACUGUAGAAGGCCUUGAGCAAGGUUAUGUAGUUUGCCCCUCUGAGAAAAGAUUCCUCUUACUCUUCACUUUUCUAAAGAAGAAUCGCAAGAAGAAAAUCAUGGUUUUUUUCUCUACAUGCUUGUCUGUGAAGUAUCACUAUGAGCUUUUCAACUACAUUGAUCUACCUGUUCUGGCGAUUCAUGGAAAGCAAAAGCAAACAAAACGUACAUCCACCUUCUUCCAGUUCUGUAAUGCAGCUGGUGGAAUACUGCUGUGUACAGAUGUCGCUGCCAGAGGGCUGGAUAUUCCUGAAGUAGACUGGAUUGUACAGUAUGAUCCCCCAGAUGAUCCAAAGGAAUAUAUCCACCGUGUGGGCAGGACUGCAAGAGGAAUUAAUGCACAAGGGAAUGCAUUACUUAUUCUGAGAAUGGAAGAACUGGGUUUCCUUCGUUAUCUCAAACAGGCCAGGGUACCAUUGAAUGAAUUUGAGUUUUCUUGGAGCAAGAUUGCAAAUAUACAAGUUCAGCUUGAAAAGUUAAUUGAACAAAAUUAUUACUUGCACAAAUCAGCACAGGAAGCGUACAAGUCUUACAUCCGUGCCUAUGCUUCUCAUUCUCUCAAAGACAUAUACAGUGUCAGCACCCUGGAUCUGCCCAAAGUAGCUCUUUCAUUUGGCUUCAAAGUGCCACCAUUUGUUGAUCUUAAUGUAAAUGCAUGCAGAGGGACGAAACUGAAGAAGAGAGGUGGUGGAGGUGGAUUUGGGUACCAGAAGGCCAAAAAUGUCCAUAAAGCAAAGAUCUUCAAGCAAGUUGGCAGAAGUAAACAAGACAAGAGGCAGUUUUCUCGUUAAAUAGCUCAAACGCAACUGCAAUUUUAUUUAUCCUUUUUAAUGCCAGAGCAUUGGGAUUUUCUUCUGCAAUAAAUGCCUCUGAUUAAGCAGCAUUGGCAACUUCAGGCAGUACUGAUUUAAAGCAGUCAGUAACUGAUUUAGUCACACUUCUACUCAUGUAAAACUAUUGUCUUUACACGUGAUCUUUUAUAGAAUUUGCUACUUAAAUGCAUUUAGUUUGAUUUAUAAACAGGGUUUUGUAUUCAAUGUUAGAGUACAUUGAGUAAUAUUAAGGAUCACAUUGCCGUGUCUUGGGUUCAGCAAAGUAUUUCCCAUUGAACUGAUUUUUUUAAGAUACUUAGCAGGACCAGGGAUAUUGAUAGUUUUGUUGAAUAUAUAGUCUAAAAAUGUAAAAAUGUUCACUUUUGCUGACUAUAAUAAACCAUUCCAUGUUUGGUUAAUCUACACAAAGGUCAGUCUAAUGCCAUCCAAAGGAGGAAAAGCCAGAAGGAGCAUAACGUGUUCACUGCUCUACGAGUUCAAGCUGACUAUAAAGCUUUGUUGAUUAGUAGUCCUUUUUUUAAUGUCAUUUACAAAUGUACAUUUAUCUUUUCCACAGUUGGUAUUCUAAAUCCAUCUUUCGGGAGGCAUUUUGUUGUGUUAAUUUUGCAUCACUUUCAAAAUAGUGUAGGUUUUAUUUUAAGCAUCUAGUCUUAACCUCAGCUACUCUUUAGACCAUAAGCAUACAGGAACAGAAGUUGGUCAUUUAACCCUUUCCGACCCUUUCCGUCAGUUCUACCAUUCAAUAAGAACAUGCCUCAUCUGAUUGUGGUCUCAGUUCUACUUUCCUAUCUACACCCUAUAACCAUCAAUUCUCUUUUCCUAUGUUUCUACUAAAGCCAUAAUAAAUUCCUAAUGUCGCAAGUUCAUCCCAACUGCACAACUAUUUACAUUAUUUCCAAUGAGAAUUGCUCUCAGGCCAUAUGUUCGUUGUUUAUACUGAAUUGCGUACAGUUAUAAACAACUUUACUGGUUUUGUUAAUACAAAGGAAGACGACUAACCAGUGCCAUGGACUGAUCUUGUUACCUUUUUUUGCAUAGUGCUUUUGUUGAUACGUUGAAUGAUAUCAUUACACUCACUUCAUGUGGUGACUGUACUAUAUUCUAUUGUUGUUUUGUUAGGAGAAAUAAAUCCGAGUAGACAGCAAAUAAAAACACUCAAUCCAGGACCUGACAUAGACAUGCUAUACAUUUACUAUAAGGUUAAGCUUUUAAUAGCAAGUUGUGCUGGAAAUUGUACAAUCAAGAUUGAGUAAGUUCACAGUAGGAAUGCAAGCCUAUUAAUGCUAGACGACAAGUGACUUUGAGCGACUUUAGAUUAGAUUACUUACAGUGUGGAAACAGGCCCUUCGGCCCAACAAGUCCACACCGACCCGCCGAAGCGCAACCCACCCAUCCCCUACAUAUACCCCUUACCUAAUACUACGGGCAAUUUAGCAUGGCCAAUUCACCUGACCCACACAUCUUUGGACUGUGGGAGGAAACCGGAGCACCCGGAGGAAACCCACGCAGACACGGGGAGAACGUGCAAACUCCACACAGUCAGUCGCCUGAGGCGGGAAUUGAACCCAGGUCCCUGACGCUGUGAGGCAGCAGUGCUAACCACUGUGCCGCCCAAAUGCCAUCCUACUCACGCCAUAUUUCCAGCAAUGUUCGUCGAGUUUAUGUGCCGACCUUAGUACUGAUGGCAACAGCUAUCUAGCAGCAAUGGGAGGUAGUAGUGAGAUUUUUGCAACUAUCUUUAAUUCAAAUUUCAGGUAUUUCAUUGUUUUAAGUUUUCAUGCUCAGUGUUGUCUUUCAGAAAAUGUGCUGCCAUGAGAAAAUGAUUUACUAACCAAAACCUAGUUAACAAAUAUCUGAAUUACUGCUCAAGUUCUUGUCCACAAGCAUGCUUAGAGCUAGUCUUAGGAAUUAAGCUCAAAAAUGAUAUUCGGUCAGUAUAAAGGUUUUUGAACAUUUGGAUAUAACUGAAAAAGCCUAGAAUUCUUAGCAUCAGAAGCUAUCAUGUUAUUUCUAUUAUUAUUAUUAAUGAAA